GUGGCGGAAAUGAAGAGUGUCUGAGCAGCGUUUUUUUUUCAUAUAGGGGGGGCUGGCUUGUACUUGGAUCGUCUGUUGAAAGUUAUGGCUUGAGACACCAUGGGGAAGAGAAAAGGAUUCUUUGGCAGGUUGGAAAACUGUGGUAGCAUUGCACAGUGGAGCAAUAGCAUCACACCACUGCUUCAGUCACUGCAAUGAAUGGGGACACUAUUCAACCUGAAAGUUCCUCCAUCCCUCAGGGCUGGAAUGAGUUCUGUGAGCUUCACGCCAUCUCCACAGCAAGGGAGCUGGCAAAGCAGUAUUGGUUGUUUGCAAAUCAGAACCCACACCAUGACAUCCUUGCCGCAGAGAACUUCUCCUUGCAGUUCACGGAUCUCUUCCAACAGUAUUUCAGAAACGAGGUGAGGGAAGGCUGGGGCAUGGACCAAUACAGGAUUUUUCCUUUCAGUAGAGUAAAAGAUUACAGAGAGACAGGUAGCAGGACAUCAGCGGAGCCUCCUAGUACGGUUGCAGCAAAAGUAGAGGUGGACUUAACACCUCACCGUGAAAAUACAGAACAGACAGCUAGUGACACUGCUGUCCACAAUGUGCCAAAAACUUGGAGUACAGAGGAGCUUGGAAACAACCUUACUCCUCCUCCUCCACGACCAUUCAUUAGAUUCUCCUUCAAUCAGUUUCGUAGAAGCCUUCGAAAUAUAUUCCGUAGGAGAUCUGCAGAUUCAAAUCCUCCAGAAAAUAGGGAAAUGGACUCGGAUACAACUGACUCACCUUCCUGGAAUGGCUUACAUAAGAGGAUUUUACCAUGGACUUUAAUCAGGGAGCCAGUUUUUGAUAUCCGAAAGGAAGGAAUUUUGAACUACAGCAUGGUAGAUGAGGCAAGUAUGGACAGUGGAACACUUUGGCUGAAAUGCAAAUUAGUUUUACGCAAAGCAAGCCCUUCAGACAAUGAAGAAUAUCUUAUGGAGUUGUUUGACCCACCAAAGUGUUCCAAACCAAAAUUACGGGUUCAAUGUUCUGCUAUCCAUGAAAUAAGAAAGUGCAGCCGCCUGGAGAUGCCAGAUAACAUUAACACAUUUAUGCUCAAGGAUAGUGCCACUGAAGUUAUUUUUGAAGUUGCAGAUGACCAGCAGCUAAAUUUGUGGACAUCAGAAAUCAGAAAAUGCAUGAAUCGUGGGACAGAGGAAACAGAUGGAGACACGCAGUUGCCAGUACACUCAGACCCCAUGUCACAAACCCUCAGUGGUGGCAGCACUGACACCAUCAUCCAAGGUGCUGCUGUCUUUGUGCCUUCAGAACAGUGUUGUCAUAAAACUGACCAUUUCUUGGCAUCCUAUCCAUGGUUUCAUGGGCCCAUCUCUCGAGUCAAAGCAGCUCAACUUGUUCAAGCUCAGGGAUAUGAAGGUCAUGGGGUGUUCCUCCUACGGCAAAGUGAAACGCGAAGGGGAGAAUAUGUCCUUACAUUUAAUUUCCAAGGCAGAGCAAAGCACUUACGCCUUACACUGACUGAAAGGGGUCAGUGCCGGGUCCAGCACCUGCGCUUCUUGUCUGUCAUAGAAAUGCUUCACUACUUCCGCCUUCAUCCAAUUCCACUGGAAAGUGGAGCCGCUGGAGACGUGAAGUUGUCUGGUUUCGUGGUGUCCUCUGCUCAUUCACAAGAUCAGAACCCCACAGUUAGCACAUUACUGUUCCCUUUGCCAAUCCAGAGGUUAAGUUCAGAGCAUACCAUACCACAUUUCCCACAGGCCAACCUGGGGCAACAUCCCUUCGCAGAUGACCUUCAUCCCAGCUCCUACUCUGAACAGAUUUUCCACUUGGUCCCCCCUCCAGAAGAACUGGCCCGGAACUUUUUGCUGAGCGAGUCCAGCAGGGCCCAAACAAGCAGCCAGAGGGAAUCUGACUAUGAAAUGGAUUCUUCCUCGAGGGGCCACAUACGGGCAAUAGACAAUCCUUACACACCUCUAUGACAAUGCGGUAGUGUGCUGUACAUGUUGAACUGACACGUUUACUUUUCUACAGUCACGAAAGCCUUAACACAUGCAAACAAGCAAAGAGUUUAACCUGUUUCUGUUUUAUUAUUAUGUUGCAGGGAUGAGUGAAAGUGUACAUCCCCUUUGGGUGUUAUUGUAUUAGGCCUGUUAAAGGGCCCUUCUUUCUCCUGCAUACUAGGCCUGGGCUGGCCUUCGAGGCAGUGAAGGGUUAAGUUGUGAGCAAUAUAUCAGCUUGUUUUCCUGUUACCGUUUACAAAAGGUAGUUACUUAUAAGUGUACUACUCCUAUCCAAUGAUAUGCAUGGAGUGGUGACAUUCUUCCAUGUUACAUGUAGGUGGUAAUGACCAGGACUUUCCAACCAUUGGCUUGUUCCUGGGACUGUCCCAUCAUCAGUAUAUCAGUUUUGUUACUGUUUGCAACACAACAGAGAGCUACAGCACUAUGAUGUCCUUAGUAUGUCUAUCUAAUAUAGCCGCUUAUGUAUUAUCAGGCGCUGUAUGAUACAAAAACUGUGUAGCACUUCCUCACUAUAUUAGAUU